GAAGCAUUCGUUCGCAGAAGGAGCAAACUCCCACAAGAGCCACAUUUGCACAGCCAAGCGGCAGUAUCAGCAGCAGCAGCAACAGUAACAGCAGCACUAGCAGUUUUUAUUCCUGCGGAAAAAAAGUCGACGAACAGAAAAGACGGGAAUUGCAGUGUGCUUGUUUUUCCCAUUUCCACACCUCGGAAGUGCAUAUUUUCCCGCACGAGUGCGCGCGUGUGAGUCAAAGUGCCAAGUGAGUCCUUCCAGUAGCCUGUAGUUAGGGCGUGUAGUGCGUUUCGGUGUACCGAACACAGCCAGAGGCCAACUUCGACCGCAAGUCGGGAAUUCAGAAAGGAAGGAAAAAAAACAGUCCCAAGCGUUAAUCAAAAUGUCCGCCGAAACCGAGAAUAAGCCCGUCGUUGCCACCGGCGAGGAAGAGAAAAAGGCUGAGCAGCCGGCCGUGGCCACUGCCGCCGCCAGCGCUGAGGCCGUUGUGGCCGCCGCCGAUAAGGCCGCCGGAGACGCAACCGCCGCCGCCACCGCCGCUGCCACCGGUGGGGACGCCGAUAAGAAGACGGGCGAGGAAAAACCGGCCGGAGAGAAUGCGACCGGUGAGGGCGGUGACGGAGCGACCAGCUCGGAUGCGACCGCGGCCGCCCCGGCCAAGAAGGAGAAGGAAGUGAAGCCCACCGUGCACAAGGCGAACUUCGAGAAGGACGUGGUGUACCUCUACCAGUUCACCCGCACGCCCAUGCUGCCCUCGAUUUCGCCCUUCUGCCUGAAGGUGGAGACCUGGCUGCGUUUGGCCGGAUUGAAGUACGAGAACAUUGACCAUAAGCUGAAGCUGCGUUCGAAGAAGGGACAGCUUCCGUUCGUCGAGGUCAAUGGCGAAGAAAUUGCAGACUCGACUAUCAUCAUGCAGGAAUUGGCCCAGCGUUACGAAAAGGAUCUGGAUGCCGCCUUGAGCCAGGAGCAGCGUAACAUUGCCCACGCCAUGAUUUCGAUGCUCGAGAACCAUCUCGUUUGGGUGGUGCUAUCGUGGCGCAGCAAGAACACGGAACAGAUGCUCAAGGGAUACAAGAUCAACCUGCAGCACGCCCUUGGAAGCCGUCUGCCGAAUGCUCUGUUGAACUUCUUUUUCAAAUUCCAGUUCAGCCGUAAGUGUUUCCAGGGUGCUAAAAAGGUGAAGGCUCAAGGACUAGGUGUCCACAAGCCGGAGGAGGUCGAAGAGUUUGGGCGCAAGGAUCUGAAGGUGCUGUCGGAGCUGUUGGCCGAUAAACCGUUCUUCUUCGGUGAUGAACCCACGACGCUUGAUUGCGUUGCUUUCUCCGUCUUGGCACAAAUUCAUUUUAUUCUGGACGAGGUCAAGUACGGAUUGAAGGAAUUCAUGCAGGAGAACUGCCCGAAUCUGGUCGGUCACGUUUCGCGUAUCAAGGAACGUUGCUUCCCGGAUUGGGAGGAUAUCUGCACCAAGUUGGAUCUUAACGCUCACAUCCCCAAGCCAGAGCCCGAAACUAAGGAAAACAAGGAAGGUGCGGAUACGGAAAAAACUGCCGAACAAGACAAAAACGAGUCGGAGAAGGAGCUUGAAAAGGAUAACUCCAACGAGAAGUCUGAGAAGAAGGAAGAGACGGAGAAGGUGGUGGAAGAAAACAAAGAAAAAGAAGAGGCAGCCGCCAAAUAAGCUGGCCCGUAACAUUUUCCCACAGCACACUAUGCUUUUACCUUUUACUGACGCCGUCUCUAGUGCGAACCCGAAAUAUCCACCAGCUUCUUCGACGAAGAAGCCGAUAAAAUUCCACCUACUCUUUAUGCAAGGAUACAUUAUUUUGUAGAAAAAAGAAAAUCUUACUGGAAAAGAUGCGCGAAAACCACCGGCGACUUUUGGGUGGUUCCAGCAUAGGCGUGGUCCUGUAGCAGAGUGGAAGGUUUCGUUUCCCUAGGAUUGUUUAUUUGAUAUUUUUGUUUUCGCCAUUUUUACUGUUCUCUAUUUUGAUAGUUUCUCAUUGCAUGCGUAAAUUUCAGCUUACAAUCUUACCUUCAGAUAGCAUAAAGAAAUACAUGGAAUGAACAUGAACCAUUAUUAUGGUUUAGAAAAAAAAAGAAAUACAUAAUACUGACAGAUUGAAUAAAUGAAAUCAGUGCGGUCGUAAACAGAUCAGCAGUGGUGGAGUGCGAUUGCACUGUGGUAGGAAACAGAAAUAACAAACGAUUAGAAGAAUGUGCCAGCAUGAUGAUGAUAACACAGGAAAAAACGCAGUAAAAAGCGACAUAAGAUAAAAACGGGGGAGAGGGUAUUAUCUCGUAGGCUGAAAUGGGAAGAGAGUGUAGACAUGACAGAAUCGACGUUUGCGAAAUUGGAAAACGUAGACGGAAAUGGCCACUGCCGAGUAGUGUUUUGCGUUUCGUACGAAUGUUGCCUCCUUCCCGGCAAAUAUAAAAUUACUCGUAUUAAGUAAAUCGAAAAUAAAACAAAAUCAAACGAUGAAAAGAAGAGAUUAGGAGUUGGAACAAAAAAAAAAAGAAAUAAGAAAACGAAUUGAUGAUGGGAACAGCGAGAAAACAGGAAUAGAUAUGAUGCAUACAAUACUCAAAAACUUUUCAUUUGUGUAAAGAUUUUUUGCAGGCGUAACAUAAGAAUAGACUCAAAGAAGCAAAAGUAGGUAAAAAAACAGUAAAAAGUCAAAUAAACCUUUCGUCUGUUCAGUAUUUUCGCUGAACAGAAAACGA